AUGCCGCUCAGAUUCAUUCGUACGAAAAAGCUUGGAAUCGACCCUUUGCAAGCAGCGAUCACUACAACGGCUUUCGCCAGGGACCUCAUGGCAACUAUGCAGUUUCCUCCAGCCACUGCCGCUGUCUCAGUUUUGCUCCUGAUCUUGGAAACUAUCCAGAGCAUUCAAGUCAACAGGUCCGGCUGUGAUCGUUUGGCGCGUCGUGCUGCACAAAUACUAAUUGAUAUCGACAAACAAAUGCGUGGACGAUACCAUGAAGCUCCGGAGGCGCUUCUCAGGAAUUUGGACAGGUUUGAAAGCACCCUCAUUUCUAUCCAUCAGUUUAUGAGAAAGUUAGCCGAUUCGAAAUGGAGUGAUAGGUUCCUCCGUAAGUCGUCAAUUGACGACGCUCUGGUCGAGUACAUGCGCAUGCUUGAUGAGGCAGCGCAGUCUUUUCAGCUCGCUACCCUCAUCAAUAUACACCUCGCUGUGAGUUCACUGAGAGGGAAUGCUGCUUCGGACGCAACUGCUGAAGGAGUCGUCGAUGCUCCGCCUCCGCCUGCAUAUGAGGUUCCGAAUGAACCAGACUCGGUCGCUGUAGAGAUACAAAGCCCAGGGAUAGUCGAUGCAGUGGAGUGUCUAGCAGUUGUUAAAUCUGAUCCUUCGGUAGCAGCAGGAGGGGAUCCUUUGUCACCACUCGAAAAAAGAAUUACAGACCACUAUCUUCCUGAAGAAUUGUCAUUCAUGACUCUAGAGGAUGAUCACGGGUUCCGACGAUACCACCAGUCAGAGGUUAUCUUACGCGGCCGGUCUCGACUGCAAGACGGAUGGUGGGCUGGUGCGACGGAAGUCCAGGUCCAAGGACAGCGAGCCUUGAUUAAGAAAUACGAUGACAAGGACCAUGCAUACUCUAAAUGGCUGCGAGACGUCAAGGUGCUGCAGAAUCUUUAUCACCCCAAUUUACCUCAGAUGCUUGGGUUUUCGGAUGAACGAGCCCCAACUCCUUUUAUUUUGUUGGCAAAUGUUCAGACGCAGAGCCCUCAAGCACUAGUUCGCGAAGUGUUGCGCUCGUCAAGUCUAGGGACCUCGAUGGAGCUCUUAUUGCGUUUUUAUCGCGACCUUGCCGACACAACGAUGUAUGUCCAGAGACAACUCAACCUGGAUGAGAACAAGGUUCAAGAUUUCAUCGAGGCUUCCUCAUUUCGCGUCGAUUCUCUCAAAACUCUUGUGGUUGGUCUGCCUCCUCCUCGAAAUGGCGAGUGGUAUACUGCGCGAAACUACGGGUUAACGCAUACAUUGCUAGAUGCGUGUUUGCGAAUGUUGCCAAACAAUGGGCGCGUCACUUACUCCUAUGAUAGAGGGGAAGAAUUUGUGACAGAAGAGAUACAAAAGAAGAUCAACCACCUCGUCACUUUAGCACGAGCCUUGCUUCCCAGCGGGAAGCAGUCCCCCGUACUCCCAACACAAUUAGAAGCCUUAAUCGAAGAAACGGAAUCCGAGACCCCUUCGCUGACUCUGCGACAAAUUCGGGACCUCACUUGGAAUGCUGAAGGCGCCCAUGGUCAUACGUGGUAUGAGAGGAACGUGCCGGCUGAUAAGUUUUCUAUCGGUGACAUCGGCUACAUUCCGGCUGGGAAAGACUUUGGAUCCUUCGUCCUUCUCAGCAAUGUCAUCAAAGAUGGAAAAGCUGUGCUCAGCCUAUCUCAGCGGUCGCACGGCGAGCACUGGUGCUGGAAGCAUGUUCCAAUACACAGACAACCUCUCUAUGCUUUCGAGCUGCCUGAAGCUGUUGCAGGAUGGCCCGUUGCAGUACCUCCGUACACUCAGAUUGAUGUCGUGGUGGUGCACGAGGCCUAUAUUGAUUGCGUCAAGGAUGCAUGGCAAUAUCUAUUGAAGAAUGGACAUGGCCACGCGGUCAAUGGUGGCAUCAGGCCGGAGGAUUUGAUCCUUGUGACUCAUGUUGGAACCCAUCAAGAUUUCUAUGUGAGGGAUUUUCGAUCAAAGCCUCUUAUGCCGCAAACACAUGCAGCAAAUCCCCGGUUUGCUACGAAUCAGUUCCAUCACCAACAGAGGCACGGUUUUCACCAGCCACCGGGCUUCGGGUUCCAGAACCAUGGCGUCCCGCUCGCCCUUCCUACAAUAGCUUAUCUAUUGACCUCGUUGGAUGCUAAUCACGAACCGCAUUGGUCAUCCUCACCAGUGUGUUUGCCAAAAGGAGCGUCUCGUCAACCUCUGGAGCGAUAUUUCACGACAAAGAUCGGGUGGAAAACUGGGUUUUUGAACUAUGUUCAACUUCAUGCUGAGGACUUCGAUGGCACAUGA